GAAAUUUCAUUUCAGCUGAAGUAGUGAAGAAGUGGCAACUAGAGUGUUUACAAGAAAGCUCAAAAAAGUGUAAAUUUCUCAGUUCUUUUUAGUCCUUUUUUGGUGAUGGAAAAACAUUUAAGACUUAAAACUCUUCUAGUUUUGCUUGUUUUAUUGCUCUCAAUUAGCAUCUCAGAGCAACUACAAUCUUCUUCACAAGCAAAUAUUUUAUCGAGGAUUCGAAAUCUUCUGAACUAUCCAAAUGUUUUGAGUAAUUGGAACAAUGACACUGAUUUCUGUAACACUGAGCCAAGUUCAUCUGUUACUGUUAUCUGUUAUGAGGAUAACAUAACUCAGCUUCAUAUAAUAGGGAGCAAAGGGGCUUCUCAAUUACAUAAUUUCUCGAUCGAUUCGUUUGUCACUACACUUGUUGAGCUUCCAAGUUUGAAAGUUCUAAGAUUAGUUUCUCUUGGUUUAUAUGGACCAUUGCCUAGUAAACUUUCAAGACUUUCAUCAUUGGAGAUACUUGACCUUAGUUCAAAUUUCUUUCAUAGUAACAUACCUCGAGAAAUUUCAUCGUUAACGAGCCUCCAGAGUUUAAUACUAGAUGGAAAUAAGUUCACUGGAAGACUUCCAAAUGGACUUGGUUCACUUGUUGUUUUGGCAGUUUUGAGUGUAAAGAACAAUUCUUUAGAUGGACAUUUACCUGAUAUGCUCGGAAAUUUGCAUAAUCUUCGUGUACUUUCACUUUCGAGGAAUAAUUUUACUGGUGAUGUACCUGAUCUUAGUGGUGUCGAAAACCUUCAAGUUCUAGACUUGGAAGAUAAUUCUCUUGGACCGAAAUUUCCUCAAGUUAGCAGCAAAAUCCAAAGCAUUGUGUUGAGGAACAAUAAGUUCACUGCAGGAAUUCCGGAGAAAGUUCAAUCUUGCCAUCAGCUUGAACAUAUGGAUAUUUCUUCAAACAGAUUUAUGGGGCCAUUUUCUCCGUCUUUGCUAUCCUUGCCAUCGAUCACUUAUCUUAACGUUGCAGGAAACAAGUUAACGGGAAUGCUUUUUGAUGAUAAUCAAUGCAAUGCCGGAUUAGAUUUUGUGGAUCUAUCGACUAACCUGUUGAGUGGAAGAUUGCCUAGUUGCCUUCUGACAGGUCCUAAGCACAGGAUCGUGCGUUACUCUAACAAUUGUUUAGCAACUAGAGACGGAACUCAACAUCCAUUUUCCUUCUGUCGGAAUGAGGCGUUGGCUGUUGGUAUCUUACCUCAUCAUCAUAAACAUAUACCAGGUUCAAAAGUGGUUCUUGCUUUGAUCAUUUGUGGUAGCAUCAUUGGUGGAGUCGUGCUAGUUUGCGCGACUAUUAUAGUAGUAAGAAAAUUUCUUGCAAAGAUAGCUACACCGAGAAAAACAACAAGAUCAAUAGUAGAAAAUGCAGCAUCUACAUAUACAUCAAAGUUAUUCACUGAUGCAAACUAUGUUACUCGAACAAUGAAGCUGGGAUCACUUAGUCUUCCAUCUUAUCGGACCUUUUCAUCCGAAGAGCUUAAGGUGGCAACAAACAACUUUGAUGCAGCAACUUUUAUAGGCAACAGUUCUGAUGAUCAGCUGUACAGAGGUCAGCUGAAAGAUGGUUCAUACAUAACCAUAAGAUGCCUGCAAACGAAACGAAAAAAUAGCAGUCAAAAUUUUAUGUAUCAUAUAGAAUUGAUGUCAAAACUCAGACAUCAUCAUCUGAUCAGCACUCUUGGACACUGCUUCGAGUGUUACUUGGAUGAUUCGAGUGUUAGCAGGAUAUUUCUCGUCUUUGAGUAUGUAUCAAAUGGUACCCUAAGAAGCUGGAUCUCCGAUAAACAUGCUAAAGGAAGACUAACGUGGACACAACGUAUAGCAGCUGCAAUCGGAGUAGCAAGGGGAAUGCAGUUUUUGCAUACUGGAAAUGUACCUGGUGUUUUUUCAAAUAACAUAAAGAUAACAGAUAUCUUGUUGGAUCAGAACUUUGUAGCCAAAAUUUGCAGCUAUAAUUUGCCUAUUCUGAAUGAGAAUGUAAUGGAGCAGAAGAGUACAAGGGUUAAUUAUGAAGAAAAAUUGGUUGUAUAUGAUUUUGGAGUAAUAUUAUUGGAGAUAAUUAGUGGGAAGCAGAUAAAUACCAAGAAUGAAGUGAGAGUUACACAAAAUCAGUUACAAGAGAGCAUAAUGUCUAAUGCAAUGUCAAGAAAGAAUGUGGUUGAUCCAGCAAUUAGAAAUUCGUGCUCGGAUGAAUCAUUGAAGACGAUGAUAGAGAUAUGUUGCAGGUGUUUGGAACAAGAUACAGAAGAUAUGCCCUCAGUUGAAGAUGUAAUAUGGAAUUUGCAGUUUGCUGCUCAAGUUGAGGAUUCAUGGAGAAAAGACUCUUCAAGUAGUGAUGCCUCUCCAAUUUCACAUCUCUACAGCUUCAAACCCAACUUGUCGCGCAAUAGCAAUAGCACGUAUGUGUGACAAGCUAUUUCUAAC